AUGUCGGCCAAUCGUGCCCGGGCAAUGCAGCGAUCCUCCUCCGCCUCAUCCGGUCGGGUCCCUCCGAUUCCGUCUGUACCGAAUGAGUCGCCUAGGCAAUCUACCAGUUCAGUGAUUCACAUCCCAUCUAUCCGGAUGCCAGAUGAAGAGGAUGGUGAGGAGACAACAACCGGGCUGAAUUUGACUGAAAGUGGUGAUUCUCCCAUUCGAUUGUCUUCGGACGACGAUCAAACAGACAAAGAUAGAUAUGGUCCGUGA